UAAAAAAUCAAAUUUCACCCCCUUGUCAAAUUUCUUGGGAAUUUAUUUGCUAAUUCCCUAAAUAGAGUAUAGAGAUUGAGUCGCAGCACGCAGCCAUCGCCGAAUCGCUGAUCCCUUUCCCCCAGCAGCCACCGCCGAUUCCUUUUCCCCAGCCGCCACUGCAGCACUUCUGCCGUUUGCGAUACAGACGCUAACCCGAGCGACCGCCGACCAGACCGCAAGCUAACGCCACCGCUGACCACGGCCGCAAUCUAAACGCCACCGCCGACCACGAACAGCCCUGUGCCCCUGUCACAGCCGACGACCUUCUCCAGUGUUCAUUUGAAAUCGUCGACAGCAGCAUUUCAGCUAUUCAAGCACCGAUCACUAUAGUUCCAUCAGUUUGUUAAACCCUCCCUCACCUUGGCGUAAAUCUCAGUUUCAUCUUCAUCUCCCAUGGCGACCGACAAGACAGUAAUGGCGUUGAUUAGGGCAUCGAGACCGACCUUCCGAAAUCCCCACGACAAGGUCGCCUUCGCCGUCCACGCUUCGUGUAUUGCUUCUGGUUUUGUUCUUCUUGCCACCGGCCCCUCUGCUUUUUCCGACGAUCCAUUCUCCUCAGCCCUCGCUGAUGAGGUGGGGAUUGAUCACUGGAAUGAUUUUGAGGACAACUACGGCUUUAUCUAUUCAACUCCUGAGGGAAAUUCAAAGAAGGUUUUAAUAAAGUGCAUCGUCAUGAAUGGUAAACUCCUCGUUGAUGCAUUGUGGGAAGGCGCUAGUGCUCCUCGUCAUCUUGAACUGAAUGUUCAUGAUUAUGUUGAGAAUGGAGGGGCUAAUUAUGAUUCCCAGUAUAAGAAUUUUGGUAAGCUUGUUGAAGAAAUUAAUAAAGAAAUUUUGAGCAAGGGCUCGCCAGCAGUGAAAUCAUCCACUCAAUCAUCAAGUUCUGAAAACGGAGGAAUCAGAGAUACUGCUGAUCGACGUGGCGCUGAAUCUGAUGACCCAUAUCAGCAUUUGGGUUCUGUUCCUCCAGGAUAUGUGGUUCCUCCCAUUCCUGCUUUUGGUGGCAGUGACAUAUUCCCUGGACCAGGUGCCGGUGUUUACCCUACCAGAGAUAUUGGAGGCUAUGGAGGCAUGCUUGUAGGACCCAGAGAUCGUCGUUUUUUCCCUGGGAUAAGUGGAGAUCCUCGUCUCCCUGGGGGAUUCCAGGGUAUUCCACCACCAGGUGCUCGUUUUGAUCCAUUUGGUCCACCCGACGUUCCUGGUUUUGAGCCAGGUCGUUUUAUCAGGGACCCAACUAGACCCGGAAGCGGCAGGAACCAUCCUGAUCUGGAGCACUUUGGAGGUGGUUCAGAUUUCAUAUAGACUGAAUAGUUUGUUUCUAUAGAGUGGUGAUGGGAAUCAUAAGAAGGCAGGGUCAGUUGUGAAUAGGGUUGCACUACAUUUACUAGCAAAUCGCCCAUAUUAUCAUGUAAUAAAUACAGUUUUAGUUACAAUACUACCAUAUUGGCGGAGUUUUUAGAUUCAUUCCCCCUUUCUAUUAUUAACUUAUGGAUAUCUCUCUCAAUCUUUGUGA